AUGGCCGACAACGCCCGCAGCUUCGUUCCGCUGACCUGUCACGGCCACUCACGCCCCGUGCCGCACAUCAGCUUCUCCAGCCUCGAAAAGGAUGGACAAUACUUUAUGGUGUCUGCUUGCAAAGAUGGAAACACUAUGCUCCGUGAUGGCAUCAAUGGAGACUGGAUAGGUACCUUCUUGGGCCACAAGGGAGCUGUAUGGCAGGCGAGGCUCAGCCCCGAUCACGCAUACGCGGCGACCGCGUCCGCCGACUUCACUGCGAAAAUCUGGGACACGCACACGGGGGAGCAGCUUGCGUCGAUUCAGCACGAUCACAUCGUGCGCGCCGUAGCCUACCCGGCCGACAACUCGGAUCUUCUCGCCACGGGCGGCAUGGAAAAGAAGCUGCGAAUCUUCGAUCUCUCCGAGCUCUCUUCGUCUUUCGACGGCAAUGCCGUCACGAUCCCGUCGUCUGCUGGUUUCGAAAUCGGUGAGGGCGUCCACACGAGUUCCAUCAAGUUCAUCUGCUGGACCCAGGACCCCAACGUCAUCGUGACAGCCUCGGACAAGACCCUGCGCUGGCUGGAUCUUCCCAGCCGCGCCUGCAUUCAUCAAGAGGUGUUGGACGGCGAGAUCAAGUCGUGCGAGAUGGUGUCCCUGGCGCCCGGCUUUGCCUCCCCCGAAGAUGUCGGAGGCGGCAAGCCCGUGCUUGCCGUCGCUGCCGGCAAAACAGCCUACUUCUGGGGCGGCGUCCGCGCCAUGGAAGAGCUUAAGCGCAUUGUUCUACCCCGAUCCAUUGCCAGCGUGGCGAUCGACGUCAAGGGACGCAAGGUCGUCGUGGGCGAGGAGCCGGGCACCUGGGCUCGACUGAUCCGCUACGACGACGAGACUGAGCUCGAGACGCUCAAGGGCCACCACGGCCCGAUCUGGUCCAUUGCGUUCUCGCCCGACGGCAAACUCUAUGCGACAGGCUCUGAAGACGGUACCAUAAAGCUGUGGAAGAACUGCGAUGGCCAGUACGGUCUGUGGAAGGGCGGUGCGAACCAGGAAAAGGCCUCUGCGGAGUAG